AUGGAGACAAAGAAUGCUGUAUUGUUAAUUGUUUUGGUGUUAGGAUCGGUUUGGGCUGAAUCUGAUGAAGUGCAGGAUGGCGAUCUCCAUAUAGAGACUUUUCAACAUGGAAAUGAGGAAGAAGUAACAAUAUUAGACAAAAACAAUAAAGUUGUAGCCACCGUUGAAAUACUUGAAGAGGAGGGACUCCAAAUUGACAAACCAGUUGAGGCUGAUGAACACCCUUGUUUUCUGAGAAGUAUUGAAACAGAAUCUGAAGAGACCACCCCCGAUGAUAAAGAUAUUUGCUAUGUACGUAACGCAGUAUCCUACGAGGACGCAAUGGGGAUGGGUCUUAAUGCUACACAUGUUUUCGAUCAAUGCCAGUCACUCUAUAUGCUGGAACAACAAAGCUGUGACGUAAUUGAUAGUAAAGCUACAG